AGUAUCGAGCGCUUGCAAACUCGUCGCUGGGAUCACCGAGGAGGGUGCAAGGACAUUAGCCAAGAGCUUGGGACUAUGAUAUCUGUGGAUAGUUCAUAAACCGUCAGCGUUCUGGCAUUCUACGUACGUCGAUCCAGCGUUACUGUAAAUAUUACAUUAACGUUAGGCGCCUUUUCAUCCAUACAGACGGGAACAGAAUGGCAUCGAUUUUGCUCACCAGGUCUCGGACUCCUUUUCUGAAAACAUCUUGGUCAUUAAAGAACGAAUUCAGAAAAGGAAAGUUACCAGAAGGAGCAUGUUUUAAUUGCACUGGACUGCGGUUAGCCACAAACAGCAGUCCUAUUGCUCUUGGAGGCAGCGCAUGGCCUCAUACAUCAUCUGUCCUGUAUCCUGACAAUUUACCAGUGAGUCAGCGUCGCUUGACUAGGUCACCUCGUCUGUACUGUGCCAUCCUUGUGCCUGACUGUGCCCUGCUUGGCCACACCCACUCCAUUUACCACAGUACAGUUCGGUGGGUUCAUACUACAGGCCGUCUCCAUGAUGAUUCAAAGGUAGAGCGUUCUUUACGUUCACUGAAGGAUCGGAACAAAAAGCUAGAGGAGGGCGGACCAGUCUACAGCCCAACGGUGGAUGCAGAACCUGUACGACGGACAAUACCUCAGCGUGUGAUCGAUGAGGUGAAGCACUACUAUCAUGGAUUCCACCUUUUGUGGAUAGACACAACCAUCGCUGUGCGCAUGCUCUGGAGGGUACUAAAUGGAAACAUUCUGUCACGGAGAGAAAGGAGACAGUUCCUGAGGACUUGUGCAGAUGUCUUCCGGCUUCUCCCCUUUCUGGUUUUUAUCAUCGUUCCUUUUAUGGAGUUUCUACUUCCUAUUGCACUGAAGCUUUUCCCUAACAUGCUGCCGUCCACCUUUGAGACACAGUCCAAAAAGGAGGAAAGGCUGAAGAAGGAGCUAAGAGUGAAGUUAGAGAUGGCAAAGUUCUUGCAGGACACUAUCGAGGAAAUUGCACUAAGAAACAAAGCAGCCAAAGGCAACGUUACCGAGGAGUUCUCCACUUUCUUCCAGAAGAUUCGUGACUCAGGAGAGAGACCCAGUAAUGAGCAGAUCAUACGUUUCUCUAAGCUGUUUGAGGAUGAACUGACUCUAGAUAAUCUGACACGGCCACAGCUGGUGGCACUUUGCAAGCUGUUGGAGCUGCAGUCCAUUGGCACGAACAACUUCUUGCGCUUUCAGCUCAUCAUGAAACUCCGUGCCAUACGAGCAGAUGACAAGCUGAUAGCAGAGGAGGGAGUGGACAGUCUAAAUGUGAAUGAGCUGCAGGCAGCAUGUCGUGUGAGAGGGAUGAGAGCUCUUGGGGUGACGGAGGAGAGGCUUAGAGAGCAGCUUAAACAGUGGUUGGAGCUUCAUCUGAAUCAGCACAUCCCCACAUCUCUUCUACUGCUGUCCCGAGCCAUGUUCUUGCCAGACACACUGUCCCCUGCAGACCAGCUUAAAACCACUCUACAGAACUUGCCUGAGAUAAUGGCUAAGGAGGCGCAGGUGAAGGUGGCAGAGCUGGACUUCUCUAAAGUUGAUAAUAAGACCAAGCUGGAGGCCACACUGCAGGAAGAGGCAGCCAUCCGUGAGGAGCACAGAGAGAGAGAGCAGGAGAGACUGGCUGAUGCUGCAGAGAAAGCAAAGGAACAGGCCACACGGGAGGGUGAGAUUCUGGAGUUGGAUGCAAACAGGCGGGUGGAUGCUGAGCAGGCUUUCUCCAGUGUAGAUGUAGCCAUCCAUUCAGAAACAUUACGAGAUACUGCACCAGUAUUGGAGGGUAUCAAGGGGGAGGAGAUCACUAAGGAGGAGAUUGACAUGCUGAGUGAUGCCUGCACCAAACUGAAAGAGCAGAAGAAACUGCUCACCAAAGAGAAGGAGGAACUGGAGGAGCUCAAGGAUGAUGUGCAGGAGUAUAGUGAGGACCUGGAAGAGAUUAAGCGAGAGCUGUCUAAGACUGGAGAGGAGAAAGUGGUGGAGGAGUCUAAAGCGAGUAAACGCCUGUCAAAGCGGGUCAACCGUAUGAUUGGCAGGAUUGAUAAGAUCAUCAAUGAGUUGGAGAAGGACAAGGUAGUGCUAGACGGACAGAUGGACAGCGGAACCACACCACCAAUCGGAUUGUUCUUUGAGAAACAUAGUGACUUGCCAAGUGUGUUGCUGUCCUACAGGGAGAAUCUGAUUAGUAUCAACGAGCUCAUUGCAGUCAUGAGGCAGAUCCAGAGCAUUCCCGAACACAAGCUGCUCAGCAUGGCAGAGGCACUCGAUGAAAACAAGGAUGGCAAGAUAGACAUUGAUGAUGUCAUCAAGGUGGUUGAGCUGAUCGAUAAGGAGGACAUUGAUAUCUCCACCAGCCAGGUUGCAGAGAUCAUGGUCAUGCUGCAGAAGGAAGAGAAGUUGGUGGAGAAGGAGAAAGCCAAGGAGAAGUCCGAGAAGGAGCAGGCAGCUAAAAUCCAAAACUAGAUCUAAAACUGAGAGCACUGUGUAGGGAAUGGAAAAGACAUUGAAGCUAUUCAAGACCAUUAAUAUGUAAAUCAGUUUCAGAGCUCCACUCUGUAUUAAAAUCAAUAUAAAGUGUUUUUCUUUUUGGUUUGUUCAGAGAGAAAAACACUGCUAAGAAGAGAAGACAGAUGUUCCCUUACGUGUACUGUUUUGCACACAAAAUAGGAACAAAUUUUGCAUUGUUCAAAGAAGACUUGUAUAAUGACUGAAUUGAGGAAUAUUUAUUUAUUAGAAGACAAAUAAUAAUUCAGAGAUGAAUGUUGGAGGAAUAUUUGUUGAUUUGUUUUUGGAAAGACCCUAAAGAAACAAACAAAAAUUAUUAAUGAUAAAAAAAAAAAAAUGACUUGAUUGUUCUUCAGUUGGCAGUGAUGGCAUUUCCUGUAUACUGAGGUCAUUUCCUCUCUUUGCACAUUACAUCACCCAUCACCAUAAUUCCACUACUCGCUCAGCUUUAUUCUGUUUUAUAUUUUCUUUUUUGUUUUCAAUUCUCAAUGCAUUUUCAUGAAAUUGUUGAAUGUUGCUCAAAAGACAUUGAUAUCAUAUUUAUGUUUAUCUAAUAACCAAAGGACAUUUGUUGCAGAGGUUAAACUUCAUUUAUACUUGUGAAUACACAUUUAUUUGCACCUUUUAUGACACAUAGCCAAGGUUUAAGGUAGUAUGGGGGUGUAUCCCUAAAGUGCUUGAGCUUUAUUCAGGGUAGAAGCUAAUUGAUACAUCAGAUUUGUAGUUUUGAUUUGUAUUUUAAUAAGCUAUAAUCUUGGGUUGAUUUCAGCAUCAUAUUUAUAUUGUGGCCUUAGUAAUCAAACAUCCCUUUAAUAAUCUUAAAAAAGUUAAAUUGAGAAACAAUAAAGCUAUAAAAUAUUUAAGUCUUUACUGCUGGAGGUAUUGCUAGACUUUGAAUUGGAUAUUAACAGUUGUCUAUGCUGUGAGCCUUUGUAAGCUGGCUGUUAGCUGAUGUGUGUGUUUGGAAAAGAUAGAGGGCACUUCAGCCAGUGUGGAAAUAAUCAGGGUAUGGCUCAUCCCAUCUUGUGCAAGAAGAGGCCAAUCUGGAUACAGUCAAGAUACUCCCUGGAUAAACUUGCACUCCUUACAUGGAGAGAAUGUGUUCUCAUUCGCACAUACACACAGUUCCAGCCGAGCACCUAUAAACUGGAAUGUGUUGAUCAGUCUUAAGGGUUUGGAACAAAGUAAGACAGAAUUAUGACAGAAUUUUCAUUUUUGCUUAAACUAUACAUUUAACUACAGUAAAGGCUGUGUAAAUUUGAAACGCGAUGACGGCUUUUAGGCCUUAAACUAUAUUCAAUAAUUAGUAUUACUGUAGCGUAUGACAGUCCUUGUUUGUGUUUUAACAGAGCAGAGAAUAUGAUGCUGAUGUAUAAUUGCACUAUAAAUUAUUCUGAGCUUUAUUUGACCCAUUUUGGAGUGUUGAUUAGACUCAGGAAGAUGCAUGUUAUUUCUGUGUGUGCACAUUGAGAGAUAUUUGAGGAGACACACACUUGAAUUUUUAUAGUGAUAGAUGGGACGAAGUGUGACUGUUGUAGAAAGGUAUUAAGAUACCUUGCUUUUGUAUUUUUUUUUUUUUUU